AUGACCGUAACCGCAUUCCCCUCUGAGGGAUCUCCCGAUCUCGCUCUUCUCAAUGUUGCCCGCAUGUUCACCAGACUCGAGCAUAAUCUCCUCUCCCCGGGGACAGAUCGGCGCUCAAUCCAACAAUCAGAAUACCAGCGUAUGCGCGUGAACAAGAACGUUGAAUACGCCCGCUCACUCCUCACCCAACUCGAGCGCUCCCUCCCACAAAUGAAAACCUUCGACCGCAAGCACGAAGCACAAGCCGAGAUUGCGCGCGAUAAGCAGCUCCUGAAGCGUAUACAGAUCAUUCUCGACGAAGAAGACGCCAAAGCCGAGGCAAAUCAAGAUGAAGACGACGAGACCGAAGACGUCGAUGACGAAUGGAAGGAGCUAUUCUCCAAGCCCAUCGCCGAGAAGGCUAUCCCGCCUGUAUCCCAACCGAAAGACCAGCAGACAUCGUCUCAACCAUCAGAUUCGCCACGAGAAGUAAAGGCAAAGAGCGAAGCCCAAACCCCCACGAAUACAUCCUCAACAGCGACUACACCAACCCCAACACCAACAUCAACCCCCUCAUCAACCCCCUCAUCAACAAGCCCGCCAGCACCCCCAACCCUCCGCAACCGCCACACAACGCACCCCGCACUGCCCUCCACUGACAAAGCAACGGCGACGGGAAGCAAUGCAAACAAGAUCUCUGAAACAGAAACCGAACUGAGCACCCACAGAAUGGAACAGGAAGAUCUAACCAGCUCUCUCCUGACGCUCGCUUCGCAAUUGAAAUCCUCCUCGCAGUCCUUCCAGGCGACCCUGGAAGGUGAGAAGUCUGCUUUGGACCGUGCGGUGUCGGGUAUUGAUCGCACGAGCUCCACUAUGGAGGCGGCGGGCAAGAGGAUGGGGAUGUUGCGCAAGAUGACGGAAGGGAAGGGGCUAUGGGGGCGGAUGAUGUUGUAUGCGUGGAUUUUCGGAUUAUGGGUUGUUGCUAUUCUAAUUGUUUAUGUUGGGCCGAAGUUGAGGUUUUGA